AUGGGUACCGCUAAGAAAGAGAAACAAAGACGAAUCCGUGAGGGGAACACCAAAGAUGGAAACCUUCGUGUUAAAGGUGAAAACUUUUAUAGAGAUGCGAAAAGAGUUAAAUUUUUAAACAUGUAUACAAAGGGUGGUGCCAUCAAAAACAAGAAAGGUGAUGUAAUCAAAGCUGCUCCAUUACAGGAUUCUACUAUCCCUGAUGCUAGAGUACAACCAGAUCGUCGUUGGUUUGGGAAUUCAAGAGUAAUAUCACAAGACGCAUUAACUCAUUUUAGAGAAGCCCUUGGAGAAACCAAAAAUGAUACCUACCAAGUUCUUUUAAGAAGAAAUAAAUUACCAUUAUCUUUAUUAGAUGAAAAGGAUACCACUGAAUCACCAAGAGGCAAAAUACUAGAAACUGAAACCUAUGAACAUGCAUUUGGUCCAAAAGCCCAAAGAAAGAAACCACGUGUAGCUGCUUCAAGCUUAAAUGAUAUUGUCAAAGCAGCAGAAGAAGACGUUAGAGCAUAUGAAGAAAAACAAGAAUUAAGUACCACUCUAGGUCUAAUGGGUAAUGAUGUUGAUGAACAAGAUGGUUGGUCACAGGCUGCCAAGGAACACAUUUUUAGUAAAGGUCAGUCUAAACGUAUUUGGAAUGAGCUUUAUAAAGUUAUCGAUUCAUCAGACGUUGUUAUCCAUGUUUUAGAUGCUAGAGAUCCAAUGGGUACACGUUGCAAAUCUGUUGAAGAGUACAUGAAAAAGGAGACACCUCAUAAACAUUUAAUUUAUGUGUUGAAUAAAUGUGAUUUAGUUCCAACUUGGGUUGCACGGGAAAAAAUUGUAAUUAAUUAUUUAAAUUUGAUGUUAUUGCUUUUUUAUUAG